ACACAUUGAGAAGUACAACACAAUACCAGAAACUUGUGUGGUGGUAGCGGCAUUAAUCUUUUAGGGAAUGAAGGCAUGGCCGAUAUUCCACAGGAACAGCUUUCAUUAAUUCAUUCCAAUGAGUGCCGUCUGUACUCUCGACGAUGGAUCAUGUUGGCAAUAUUCAUGAGCCUACAAUUUUCAAACGGCCUGAUGUGGGUGCAGUAUGCGUCAAUUUCAGACGACAUCCAAAUGCAUUUCGACGUUAGCAUGCCAACUAUCGACACAUUUAGCGCAAUAUAUGGAAUAGCGUACAUAAUGCUCAUAUUCCUGGCUUUGUUUAUAUUAGAAAGAAAAGGCUUGAAAGUGAUUGCUAUGUGUUGUGGUGGACUGCACUUGGUUGGAUCUUGGAUCCGUUAUGUUGGCAUACUUUUUCAGAAUUCAAUCUACGUUAGCCUCAUCGGUCAGACGUUAUGUGGAAUUGCUCACACAUGCUGUGCUGGAAUGGCUUCACAAGUGUCGGGGACUUGGUUUGGAUCAAACGAAGUUUCCUUAGCAUGUGCACUUGGAUUCACUGCAUUUAAUUUUGGAAUUGCAACCGGAUUUCUCACACCUUAUAUAUUUCAUAACCAGAACAAUAUUGGUCGUAAACUCCAGUUCAUUUUUCUUGGAACAGCAAUAUUUAUGUCAGUAAUAUUUCCUAUAAUCGCAUUUAUAUUUGAAGACAAACCACCAUUUCCACCUAGUGUUCAGAAAAAGAAUUCAGUUUAUGGAAAACAAGAUACUCUCUCCAAAUCGAUCAAAGUUAUCAUGAUGAACAGAAACUUUAUGUUACUUGCAAUAGCGUCUGGACUAUGUAUAGGACAGUCGACAGUUAUCACUGUUAAGGUGAAAGAUAUUUUUUUAUAUUCUUAUCCAAACAAAGGUAAUAUAGUUGGCCCUAUGGUUUUUUUUAGUAUACUUCUUGUAAUUGUUGGGUCUGUAGCUGUUGGUUGGAUGUUGGACAAAACAAAACAGUACUCGUUAACCACACGAGUGACAGUUUUGCUAGUUUUUGUAACAUUUGUUUGCUUCACCAUAUCAAUGCAAUAUGAAUACUUUUGGUGUUCUAUCGUAUUUUUUUCCAUCUAUUAUGUUUUUGCUCGUAUAUUUUUCACAAUUGGAUUUGAACACGGGGCUGAGCUAACUUAUCCAGAGUCAGAGUCACUGUCGGCUUCAUUAAUCGUUUUUAUAGUGGAAAUCACAUCGUACCUUUCCGUUUACAUGUAUGAUAUAAUUCUUGAAAACUGGAACCUUCUCGCAGCGAAUUGUUUCACUUGUAUUAUGUGCGUAAUUCCAAUCUUUAUGACAAUUUUGAUUAAAACUGACAAUAAAAGACAUAAAGCUGAUAGUAUUGAAAACUAUUUUCAACUUCAUACUGAAAAUAACAAUGUUUCCGACGAUAACAAAAGUAUGCUAAAUAGAUGUGUUGUCGUUUUUAUGAAUAAAUUUGUUGCGGGUUGCUCCAUCUUCGGCCAUCGCUCUUCCUAAGAAAUCACAGAAACAAGGCAAUAUUUUAUUCAAUGUUUUUGCAUUCUGUUUAAUCAACGCGUAUACAGUGAAAUCAAAACAAACUCAAAUUAUAUUUUUUUUAAAAAGUUCGAUCUAGACCUAUAAAUAUUGUUUAAAUUUACACUUGGGUCAAUCUCAACUGUAGAUUUAAAAGUUUAAAUCUACAGUUAAUAUUGACCCAAGAGUAAAUUUAAACAAUAUUAUUUAUAGAUCUAGAAAAUGUUUUGGAUUUUCUUUAAUUCAGGCUAUCUGACUAAUGACUAUUCAAAUUCGUCUAGUUGUUUUCCUUUUGAAAUAUAAAAAAAAGGUGUAUUCUUAGUUGAGUCUUGCAUCUGAUUAAAAAGAUGAUUAGGUGAUUGUAUCAUAUUAGCUCACCAAUAUAUCAUUAGACCCAUGUAUAUGUAUAAGUACUUUACACACACGUGAAGACAAUUUUACAAGUGCACAAAUGACUCUGAUGUUAAUCCGUUGAUGAUGCAAUUUGGGAAACCGAGAUCAACCAAUGUUACUGCAUGUACAAUGAUACCAAAGUUAGAUGGAAUAACCUCUUCCGUAGAAUUAAUUGUAUUUAAAAAGCAACAAGGCAGGAGGUUAAUUUCUCACCUUUUAAUAUAUAGGCUUAAAUAAAGUUAUCAUUGUAAGAACCAGAUUUCCUUUAUCGAUUUUAAAUCGGGCCUACCUUUAUGCCCACCAUCCGCUGAACAGCUGAUCAUAUAUCACGGACACAAAACAUACAUCAAAACAAAGUUCUUAGUAUGUAAUACCAUAGUACUAUUGUAUUAUGCUGAAUCUUAACUUCGUUCUGAUUCUGGUGGGUAAAGAUCGUUCCAUUUUGUUUUACUAUCAGUGUCGUACGCAUUUAUGUACCAAGUCUUUUAAAUGAAAAUGGUGGGAUAUUUGAUGGUGUUAAGUUGUACUGUACUUGUAUGUGUGGUUAUGUAAUCUUAGGAAAGGUUAAUAAAAUUUGGUUGAUUAUA